CGAUUACCUUCACGACGAUACCAGUCUUCUUCCCCGUCCAACCCCGAACCUGCUCCUCAGAAAAGCACUACAACUUCGCCCUCGAAUACUUCCUCACGGGCGCAUUCUCCAAUUUCACCACCACCGGCAGCCCCGGCCCAAUCUGGAUCUCGAUCCCUAAGUCAGAUUAUUCAGGCUGGUCCCUUGGGGAGACUCGGACGAUCGUACUCGCGAUUCCAGGAUAGGCGGCCUUACCUGACGCAAGUAUGUAGUUCGAUUGUCGUGUACCUGUGUGGUGAUUUGAGCGCACAACUGCUGUUCCCGCCGGAGACCGCUACAACAGAGUCUGGGAUGGAGACGGGAGGAUAUGACCCGUGGAGGACAAUGCGCCAUUUAGUGGUGGGUAUUGGGUCCAGCAUCCCAACGUAUAACUGGUUCAUGUUCCUCCACCGCAACUUCAACUUCGCCUCCAAAUUCCUCUCCAUCCUCACCAAAGUCUGCGUUCAACAGGCGGUCUUCACUCCCGUCUUCAACACCUACUUCUUCAGCGUGCACUCGCUCCUUUCCGGCGCAUCGCUCGAGGAGACUCUCGAGCGCCUGAAAGUCGCCCUGCCUGUGAGUAUUGUCAACAGCCUUAAGCUCUGGCCUGCUGUGACGGCGUUCAGCUUCAUGUACGUGCCGCCGCAGUUCCGGAGUAUCUUCUCGGGGUGUAUUGCCGUUGGGUGGCAGACGUAUCUGAGCUGGUUGAAUCAGAAAGCGGCCAGGGAGGUUGAAGCU